AUGCCACACAAGAUCAAUUUCGUAGUCGUUAGUUCAUCGGGACACGAGGAUGGCUUCAGCGCGAAAGAGCUGAUGGUUCAUGCACCAACAGUGAAGGGAUGGCGAUCACCCAGAUGCUGUCAGUAUCCACAGGAAAUUGUUCUGCAGUUGGUGGAGAGGUGUCGGAUUCGAAAACUGCAGUUGCUCGCUCACCAGUACAUGAUAUCAAGCCAAGUUGAGUUCUACGUCAGUGAAAGCUUGCCUGAAUACUUUGCUCCUUAUCAGUCCCAGAGAUUUCACAGGCUAGGUUACGUCCCUCUCUCGGACAAUGAGAAGACUGAUUUUAAGGCACGAGAGUUAAAAUCUGUGUAUAUGGAUGCAGUUGGCCAGUACGUGAAGCUGAUUUUCCAUAAAAAUUAUGUCAAUAAAUACAACUUAUAUGGUCAGGUUGGCCUAGUAGCUAUAAACAUUAUUGGAGACCCAGCAGACUGCAGUAACGACAGCAAUAACACGCCUUCCAGAGAGAAGCUGAUAGACCAGUACUUGGGAAUUAAGUCAGAUGAUCCUGCCUUAGAUGGGACUUACCUUGGGAAACCUGACUCCAUUUCACCUCUAGAUGAUUUGGCUUUUGACAUGUACCAGGAUCCAGAAGUUGCCCAGAUAAUACGCAGACUGGAUGAGAAGAAGCGUGAAGCUGUCCAUCACGAGUGCUACGAUUACGCCAAGAAGCUCAAACAAGCCAUUGCAGACUUGCAAAAGGUGGGGGAGUGCCUGGGGCGGUACGAGGUGGAGAAGCGCUACGCUAUAGAGAAAGAGGAUUAUGAUCUUGCUGAAGUGAAGAAGCAGCAAAUGGAAGUGUACCGCCUGAAAGUGUAUCAGCAGCUGGAGCUCCACCACCUUCUGGAUGCCCAGCUGAUGAUUCGAAAACCACCUCAACUGCCUUUGGAGCCCGUGAUUUAUCCUGACAGUCCUCAGCACACAAAAGCUACAAAUUCACCUCCUGGUGAGCACGCAGAACCGCAGAAGGAAGAACCACAGAGAGCAGAGCCUUUGCUGGAAAAGAAGGCAUCAGAUCCUGCUCCUGCUGAGCCCAUCAUUCCCCGUCAGUCUCCUUCUCCUCCUCCUCCUGAGACUUAUCCCACAGCCUCCAGGGAAGUUCUCCCCAAAGAAAAUGUCGAAUUUUUGCCGUACGAUGAAAGACCUCUUCCAGCUGCCUGUAAGCAGCCUGAUGAAGCAAUCGCGUACCUGGAGCCGGGGCUGGCUGCCGAGGAUACCAGCAGGACUCCAAGAAGUGGCAUUACUGGGGAACCAGAACCACUCACUGAGAAGGCGCUGAGGGAGGCCAGCCCUGCCGUUGAAGUUUUUGGAGAAGCUUUGGUUUCAGGAGCGUAUUCCAAAACUUGGUCAUGUCGAGAAGAUGCGUUACUGGCUGUGUAUAAGAAGCUGAUGGAAGUGUCGGUAGACACUCCGAAGGAGGAUUUGAAGAACAUGCUGAGGGCUGCCAUCUUUCUUGUAAGGAGAGCCAUCAAAGACGUAGUGUCUUCAGUUUUUCAAGCUUCCUUGAAACUUUUAAAGAUGAUCAUUACCCACUAUAUACCGACACAUAAACUAGGAAAACUAGAAACUUCUCAUUGUGUGGAAAAAACGCUUCCCAACUUGCUUUCUAGAACAGGAGACUCUUCAUCUCGUCUUCGCGUUGUGGCUUCUAACUUCAUUGAGGAAAUGGCACUGUGCAGUGAAGUUAAACCUCUGCAGAUUGUCCCAGUUCAUCUGGUCCAGCCAUUAAAGCCAAACUCCCCAGCCCAUCUGGCCAUGAGUCAGGUGGAGUUAGUGGAACGCCUCUUGAAAGUCUUAGGAACUCAGAACUCCGGGUUUACCGUCGGCAACAUCAUGAAGUUUGCAACAGGAGCUUUGCAACACAGAGUGUACGAAGUUCGUGAUGUAGCCUUGAGGAUUACCUUUGAUGUGUACAGGAAGGACAAGGCUGCUGUCCUGGAACAUCUUCCUCCAGAUGAUGCAAGCAUUCGCAAGACUGUUCUCUAUAAAACACUCUUUGAUGGAUUUUCUAAAAUAGAUGGUGAACUUUCCGAAGCUGAAAUCAGGGCACAGAGAAAGGCAGCAACAGAAAAAGCAGAGAAACAGAAGGAGGAAGAAAUUAAAGUUCUGCAAGGUCAGCUGGCAGCUCUAAAGGAGAUACAAGCAGAAGUUCAAGCUGGAAAGGAGAGAGAACCUGAUUUUCAGAAGCCAAGGAAUCAAGGUUACCAGUUAAACGAAAGCCCACAGUUUGCAGCCGGAGAAAUUCCAGAUGAUCAUUCCUCUGUUGCAAAGUACUUGGAUAAAUUAUGUAUUUUUUGUGGUGAAAGGGACGAGUCAUUUACAGAGGAAGGAUUGGAUCUCCAUUACUGGAAACAGUGCCCUAUGUUAACCAGAUGUAAGCAAUGCAAACAGGUGGUGGAGAUAGCAGGCCUGACAGAGCACUUGCUGACCGACUGCGAGAGAAAGGACAGCUUUGGGAGAUGUCAGCGAUGCAGCGAGGCCAUUCCAAGAGAUGAGUUGCCCAAACAUGUUCGGAGCAAGAUUUGUAGUCCUGCCAAGCCAGAAAAUGUGGCAAACCAUUGCCCAUUGUGCCAUGGAAACUUCUCCCCAGGAGAGGAGGCCUGGAAAUUUCACCUAAUGGGCAAAGACGGCUGCAAAAUGAAUCAACGGAGGUUACCCACACUGAAAAAACCCCUUCUGCUGCAGCCUGGCAAAGUAGGUGGCCAGUGUUUAAGGAAACCAGGUCCUUCAGGAGCAAAAGCUCGACCGCCCUCUACAGGAAGCAAGAUCCCAACCCCAAGAGCGGGCCCAACUAAAAGAACUGGCGAAACAUACUCGAAUCGAUGA